AUGCUGACGGAGAGAGUCCCUGUCGCCCUGAUGUCCUCAGUUGUCGCCCCGGAAAAACCCACCUCCAACACCAUGGGCCCCAAAGAGGUGGAGCUGAUCCUCGUGAAGGAACAGAACGGGGUUCAGUUCACCUCGACCACCUUAGUGGCUCCAACCCCUGCUCAGACCAACCCCAGCGGGGAGGAGGAGAGGGAGACGUGGGGGAAGAAAAUCGACUUCCUCCUGUCUGUGAUCGGGUUCGCCGUCGACCUCGCCAAUGUCUGGAGAUUCCCCUACCUCUGCUAUAAGAAUGGAGGAGGUGCGUUCCUGGUGCCGUACCUGUUCUUCAUGGUGAUAGCGGGCAUGCCUCUCUUCUACAUGGAGCUGGCUCUGGGACAGUAUAACAGAGAAGGGGCAGCAGGGGUGUGGAAGAUCUGUCCCAUAUUUAAAGGUGUAGGCUUCACAGUGAUCCUCAUUUCCCUCUACGUGGGUUUCUACUAUAAUGUCAUCAUCUCCUGGGCGCUCUUCUACCUCUUCUCCUCAUUCACCGGCGAGCUGCCGUGGGUCCACUGCAACAACACCUGGAACAGUCCCAACUGCUCCGACUGGGCUGACAACAGCUCAGUCAGUGACGUUUACAAGGCCACCCCUGCUCAGGAGUACUUUGAACGAGGGGUGCUCCACAUCCAGGACAGUAACGGUAUCGAUGAUCUGGGCCGUCCACGCUGGCAGCUGACUUCCUGUCUAGCUGUAGUGAUUGUUCUGCUCUACUUCAGUCUCUGGAAGGGAGUCAAGACCUCUGGCAAGGUUGUGUGGAUCACAGCCACGAUGCCCUAUGUGGUCUUGACUGUGCUGCUGCUCCGCGGAGUCACUCUGCCCGGAGCCAUCGAUGGCAUUAAGGCCUACCUCUCUGUGGACUUCCUGAGGCUCUGUGAUGCCAAGGUCUGGAUUGAGGCAGCGACACAGAUCUGUUUCUCUCUGGGUGUGGGGUUUGGCGUGCUAAUCGCCUUUUCCAGCUACAACAAAUUCAGCAACAACUGUUACAGAGACGCCAUCAUCACCAGCUCCAUCAACUCUUUGACCAGUUUCUUCUCCGGUUUUGUGGUCUUCUCCUUCCUCGGGUACAUGUCCUACAAGCACAACGUAACCCUGGACAAAGUUGCCAGAGAUGGUGCUGGUUUGGUGUUUGUUAUUUACCCAGAAGCCAUUGCAACAUUACCUGGGUCGUCAGUGUGGGCGGUUAUCUUCUUCAUCAUGCUGCUGACGCUGGGCAUUGACAGUGCAAUGGGUGGGAUGGAAUCGGUGAUCACAGGACUGAUUGAUGAGUUUAAAUUCCUCCAUAAGCACAGAGAGCUGUUCACCCUCUUCAUCGUCGUUUCCACCUUCCUCAUAUCUCUCUUCUGCGUUACAAAUGGUGGGAUGUAUGUGUUCACUCUGUUGGACCACUUUGCGGCAGGGACAUCGAUUCUCUUUGGAGUGCUUAUUGAAGCCAUCGGCAUCGCAUGGUUUUACGGAGUGGACCGGUUCAGUGAUGACAUUGAGGAGAUGAUUGGCCAGCGACCAGGAAUGUACUGGAGGCUGUGCUGGAAGUUUGUCAGCCCCUGUUUGCUCCUGUUCAUGGUGGUGGUGAGCUUCGCCACGUUCAACCCACCAAACUACGGCUCCUACAUGUUUCCUCCAUGGGCUAACAUGGUCGGGUGGUGCCUGGCCAUUUCCUCCAUGACCAUGGUGCCUCUGUACGCCAUCUACAAGCUGUGCACGCUGCCUGGAAAGUUUUGCGAUAGACUGGCUUACGCCAUCACCCCGGAGACAGAGCAUCACUUGGUAGACAACGGGGAGGUUCGGCAGUUCACACUGCAUCACUGGCUGGUGGUCUGA